GGUUCUGGAAUUGGUGCAUUGUCAAAAGCCAUACAAGCUAAUCCGGAAAUGUUAGACGAUCUGCGGAAUAGUCUUCCAGACGAAAGUUGUUCCGCUAGCUCGGCUUAUCCCCCCACAACGACAAAAGCAGACACGCGACAAGAUGUCGACGGAUAUAGAUUAGCCUCUAGAAUAUUCUCCUCAAUAACGUCCUAUCUUAUUACACAUCCCCACUUGGAUCAUCUCGCGGGAUUGAUUAUCAAUAGUUCUCAAAAGUUCGGCUCAUACAAAAGUCUAAUCGGUUUCGAGAAGACACUCAAAGGUGUGGAACUUGCUUUUGGCGGUCUUCUAUGGCCUGCAUUAGCAAGUUGGUCAAAAGCCGGCGGUCUCGUCGAACGUUUGCAAUUUACACAAGUUGAACCAUUUGCCAAGUUCGAUGUACUGACGCCUGCAGUCACAUUUAAAUGCACUCCAUUUCCUAUUAGCCACGGUACAAUUGGUCUUGUACCUGAUGCUCGCACUCAUGCUUAUUUGCAAGUUGAGAAAGAUCCAAAUGAAGUGUAUGAUAGUAUAGCCUACUUCAUUGAAUUUGAGCAUCAAGAGAAGAACAGAAGCUUCUUGUUUUGGGGUGAUGUGGAACCAGAUGCUAUUAGCACACUUCCACGCAACAAGCCAGUCUGGAUUGAAGCAGCUAAGCGUUUUGUUUUAGGUGAACUGAGGUGGAUUUGGAUUGAAUGUAGCUACAUGAACAAUCGACCGAACAACCUCCUCUUUGGUCAUUUUAAACCAGAUCUACUCAUCGAUGAGUUGGAAACAUUAGCUAUAAUAGUUGAAAAAUUCAAACAACUACCAGUCGAAGAACUUAAAAAUGUAAAUGCUACAGAGUUCAGUAUAGACGAAUAUAUCAAUGAGAGUAAAAUGAAAGAUGAGACACAAUCUGUGUCCCAAGAUAGCGUCGAGGAUGACGAGAAUGGUUCUGUACCAUUAUCACAAGCUAAUCAAGCUAGUCAAGCAGUUAGGAAAGCCUUAUUCGGCGGCUUAAAUCACGCACUUAGGAUUGGAUACAAUAAAGGAUUCGGUUUUUUUCAACACACAACUGAAAAGCCACUGGACGGAUUGGUUAUAGCAAUAACACAUGUAAAAGAAGAUCCAAUGUUGGGAUGCGACGUUGUUUCUGAAACUAUUAUGAGAGAAUUACAUAGUAAUUCAUCUACAGAAGAUUUAGGUGUAAAAUUUUAUCGUCCUAAACAAGGCGAACGUAUUAUGUUUUGAAUAUGUGUAUUUAAUUUU